AUGACAAUAAAUGAAGAUUCAGGAUCUAGAAAUAAAAGAAGAAAUAUAAGUAGAGGAAUUUCAAGAGAUGUUGUUACUCAAAGACAUCCAUUAAAUGUGAAACCUUCUGGAAAUGCAUUGAUUUUCCAAGAUUCGAAACUUUCGAAAACUGAAGAUUCUUUACUUGGUGAUUUUAGAAUAUUCAAUGAUGAACUAAUACUAGAUAUUCUCGGUUUUAUUGAUGACCCGAAUGAUUUGAAAAAUUUAAGUCAUUGUUCAAGAAUUUUCUAUGCAUUUAUUUAUGAUGAAGAAUUAUGGAGAAGGCUUUAUAUGAGGAAAAGUUUAAAAGAACUAACAAGUGAUCAAGAAAACUUGUAUCCAUUAGGUAUUGAAAAAUGGGAAGGUUCUUGGAGAAGAACAAUGUUACGAAUCAAUGAAUCACAAGAAGCUAAUAUCAAACUAGCUGAUAAUUUAUUGUGUUCAGAUGUAUUAUUUAGACCAUAUCAGUGUUCACAAAUUGAUUAUAAGACAUUAUUUAAAGAUCUUAUUGCAGAAGAGGAACAAAGUUGGAAAUUACAAAAAACUCAAAAUGUUAAAUUUGGUAUUGAAAGAAUUGAUGAAGAUGAAUUAACUUCAAAUUUAUUCAAUUCAGAUUAUUACAACAAACCAUUUAUUUUAACUUCUAAAGAUGAAACCAGAUGGCCGCAAUGGGAUCUAGACCAAUUAGUGGGAAGAUUCCCAUUAGUUAAAUUCCGUCAAGAAUCUGUUCAAUGGCCAUUAAUUUUUUAUUCCAAAUAUUUUCAACAAAAUAAAGAUGAAUCACCAUUAUAUUUAUUCGAUUGUCAAAGCUCAGCAAUACAAAAACUUACAAAAGAAUACAAAGUCCCUUCAAUUUUCCAAACAGAUUAUUUCAAAUUAUUCAACACUGUGACAUGUCGUCCAGAUCACCGUUGGUUAAUCGUUGGACCUCAACGUAGUGGGUCCACAUUCCAUAAAGAUCCAAACUUUACAAGUGCUUGGAAUGCCAACUUGUGUGGUAUGAAACUAUGGAUAAUGUUACCACCAGAUAUUAAACCACCAGGUGUUGGGACAGAUGAGGAAGAAAGCGAAGUCACUUCACCAGUGGGGAUAGCUGAAUGGAUUCUAUCAGGUUUUUAUAAUGAUAGUGUCAAGUUGGCAAUGGAGGGCAAAUGUCAGAUUGGUAUUACUUUCCCAGGUGAAUGUAUGUUUGUUCCUAGUGGAUGGUGGCAUAGUGUUAUAAAUUUAGAGGAUUCUGUUGCAUUAACUCAAAAUUUUGUUCCUAUUGGUUAUUUGCCAAAUGUUUUAAAUUUUUUGAAGAAUAAAAAAAAUCAAAUAUCAGGGUUUCAUGUCAAGGAUUUCACAAAGUCUUUGAAGAAUUUCAUUGAUGCAAACAAAAUUGAGAACCAGUCAUUCAACAAGUUUUUAAAAGAAGUUGAAGAAAAAGAAAUAAAUAAUGAAGAUAUCGGUGAAUGUUCAAAUCAUAUUGAUUUACCUAUUUUUGAAUUUUUCAUUGAGUUAAUCAAGCAAGAUCCAGACUACAAUAAAACAAUAUUGGAAGAUGCAUUAAAUAAAUUGAAAACUUUAGAGAAUGAGGACGCCAAAAAACAUGAAUUGGAAAGAAAAAUCAUACAAAGUAAAAUAUGGGAUGAAUUAACGAAAAAAACAACAACGACGGAACAAUUUUCAUUUAAUUUUGAAAGUGAUGAAGAUGAUAAUUAA